CACAAAUCUAAAUUAACAAUGGUGUCUAUCUCCUUCUCCUUCUUCUCUUCAUGUUUUCCCAUUAAUUCCUUUCUUCUAUUUACAUCCCUUCUUUCCGCAGCUUUGAUCGAUGCAGCCACAAUCACUGUCACCAAUAACUGUUCUUUCACCGUUUGGGCUGCAGCCACACCCGGCGGUGGCCAGCAACUCAAACAAUCCCAAACAUGGACCUUAAACCCACCAGAAAAUACAACCCGAGGCCGAAUCUGGGCCAGGACUGGCUGCAAUUUCAACGAGUCCGGUUAUGGUAGUUGCCAAACAGGGGAUUGCAAUGGGCUCCUAGAGUGUCAAACCUACGGCUCACCUCCCAACACUUUGGCCGAGUAUGCAUUGAAUCAGAACAAUAACUUGGACUUCUUUGACAUUUCUCUUAUCUACGGGUUCAACGUGCCGAUGCAAUUCAGUUCCAACUCAAAAUUGUGCACCACAGACAUUCAAUGCAUCGGUGACAUCAAUGAGCAGUGCCCCGGCUCACUACAGGCUCCAGGAGGAUGCAAUAACCCGUGUACCGUGUACAAUACUAACGAGUAUUGUUGCAAUUCUAGUAGUUGUGAACCUACCCGUUAUUCUAGAUUCUUCAAGGAUAAAUGCCCGGAUGCUUAUAGUUACCCGAAAGACGAUCAAACAAGCACUUUCACUUGCCCGGGAGGAACUAAUUACAAGGUUGUUUUCUGCCCAACUGGUUCGGUGUUAACAAAUACAAUAACAAGGAACACAACAACAACAGUAUCAAUAUGCCAAAGUAAUUCUACUAUUAUUAUUCCUCAGGCUAAAAUAACAAUUGUUGCCCCUGCAUUCAAGAGUUGUAACAAACAGUUUUAUGUUUCCUUGUCAAAACAAUAACAAUUUAUUAUGUUAAUAAAUUUU